AUGAUUAAUCUAUCGACCAAAUUAUAUUUUACCGUUAUAGCUUUAUAUAUUGGUGGAGUAACAACUUGUAAAAAUUGCGGGAAGAAAACAGACGUUUGUUCGAUACCCAAAGGAUGUGGAUCAGGCAAAAAUUUUGUUAAAUUUGGUUAUAGUAUGUCCCAGGAAAGUUUGGAUGAAGGCUCAUCCAAGUCGUCAAAUAAGGAAUCUCAUAAAAAGAAAUCUAAAACCUCGCAACAAUUGGCGUAUGGCGAAAAUGGUUGUAGUAAUCCCUCUGGGUGUAGUGGAAGCAAAAACUUGGGUUAUAGCGGUAACAAUGAAGAAUACGAGUCGGGCUCGUCUGAGUCGUCAAAAAGUGACUCCCAUAAAAAACAAUCUAAAACCUCCCAACAAAUGGCUGCCCAGUCUGAAAACGAUUGCGAUAACCCUGCCGGGUGUAAGGGAGGCAGAAAAAGUGUGAAAAUAUUAAGUUUUGGCGGGUCUAAUAAAUAUUCAGAAGAAGGAUCUUCGAAAUCAGCGAAUAGUAAAAAACAUAGAAAGUCAUCUAAAAGCUCGCAGCAAAUAUCAUAUGAGAAAAGCGAUGGUUCUUGCGAUAAUCCAGCUGGGUGCCAGAAAAUUUCAGUGAUCGGUAACGCGAAGAAAGAAGGAUGUGCUAGCGGGAGCAAUUGCGAAAGUGUUGAAAUAUCUUGCGACUCAGGAUCAUGCGAAGAAGCACCAGAAGAGGGGAUUUGCGAUCCCGCUUGUCAAGAAAACAAGAAAUUGGCUAAAAAUUUCAAUGCCAAAAAUCGUAUCUACAAGAAAAGGGCAAAAUUUAUAUAA